AUGACAACAGACCAUGAAUCGUCCGCGUCCAUAACCUCAACCUCGAGUGGGAACACAUACACGGUGGAAUCCAGGUCUUCCUGCCCGCUGUCUCGUCCGCCUACCCCUACCUAUUUUGGGGAGACCUCAAUCCGGUCCACUCUCAAGCAGGUGGAAGCUCACCUAGAGGAACAUCCACGUAUAGAGUCAGACCAGCCAUCUGAGGUGGCCAGCUCAGCCUUGUCUCCUUCUCCAUUACUUAAGGCACAUGUGCCGCCUCGUGAAAUCUCUAAUAUUUGUAUGGUGUUGCACAAAUACGACAUCAUUAUUGAUAAACCACAGUGGGAUCACUUUAUGAAGAUCUUCUGUGACGAGGUGCAUAUCUUAUAUCCUCUUCUUAACCUACGGGACUUGCUGGAGCGAUAUGAUUUGUUCUGGCAUGACCACAUUACUAGCCCGCUGGAAUCCAGGCAGUGCAGUCGGGACAGUUGUGUUUCACUGUCCCAAAUCUUGAUAUGUCUAGCCAUCGGACAAUGUACGGCAUCCCCUCGCGUUUCUGUUCAAGGCUUCCGUUACUCGGCGGGGUGGAGUUUCUAUAGUGCUGCCUUGGAGCUUUUUGGCGACGUACUGGAUUGCUUUGAGGAGUGCUCCAACCAGCUCCUAUCAUUACAAAUAUUAAGUCUCAUGGUAAUCUAUCUCUUCCGAUUAGAUAUCGUCAGCAGGGCAGAGAAGAUCUUAGCGCUCGCGAUCUCCCAUGCCUAUCAUAUAGGGCUGCAUCGAUCUCAAGUGGACAUUUACAGCAGGGAACCGUCGGAGACGGAAAACUCUCGUCGUGUGUGGUGGUGUCUCUACAUCCUCGACCGCCGGCUCGCGCUUGAAGGCGGUCAUCCUUUUCUAAUUUCAGAUGUCGACAUCAACACCCCAUUGCCUCGGAUUUCGGAGGGGGUCUUUGGUGAUCGAGAGCCAGAAUCCACCGGACAUACUUCUUCGCAACUAGAGGCUUCAUCUGACCCGACCCCCAUUCCGUACUUUAUUGCCAUGGUCGAGUACUCCAAGGUACUAGGAAAAGUCUGGGAGGCGGUAUACGGUGCUGGUGCCAACAUCUAUCUGAACUCUUCUGUCUGCGAGAGCCUCGAGCACCUGCUGUUUGGAGUUCAAGAUCAGAUUCCACCAAUUUUUCGAUAUCAUCCCCACACGAACCCAAACGCACAAGCUGCCACAGCUCCGUGGUGGUUGACCAAGCAGCAAUCUCUCAUGCAAAUUGUAGGUGCCCCAGUCCCUUUCGAUGAACCCUGA